AUGAACAACGUAGUUCAUAAUAUCAAUGCUUCAGAUAUAUUACCAUUUAAAUCAUUUAUUAAUAAUAUUAAUAAUAUUAAUAAUAAUAAUAAUAAUAAUAAUAAUAAUAAUAAUAAUAAUAAUAAUAAUAAUAAUAAUAAUAAUAAUAAUAAUAAUAAUAAUAAUAAUAAUAAUAAUAAUAAUAAUAUUUAA